AGCCAUUUUGGCUGCACACAUCGCGGCGCCCCCGAGGCCGAGCUUCAUCGACCGGCGGGCGCCGCGCCCGAGACGCGGCCAGAUGGAGGGGCCCGCGCGCCCCUGCUGGCUGCUUCCGGGCGGCUCCGCGCCGCCGCCGCGGCGGGAGCCGCCACGGGCCCCGGCGGUGCGCCAGGGCGCCGCGGGGCCCGCGACGGCCCCGCCAGGCCAGGGGGCAUGGGCCCCAGAUGCGGGCGCGCUGGCGGGGGCCUUCGCGGUCGGGCUGGCGACCGCGGUCCGCAGUGGCGGGGGAAGGAUCAGCCGGGUGCGGCGCCGGGGAGCGGACCUCAAGCGGCAGUUGCGGAUGAAGAACCAGCAGAGGUGGCGCGGAGCCUUGACGGGGACGCCCCGACGCAGGUUCUACGGAUGUGACGCUAACAUCGGGCUCCGCCAAUCCCUCGACCUGGACAGUUUCUUUGCCAAGGGCCGUGAGGCGGGCGACGAGGAGCGCGCCGAGGAGCAGGCGAGGCACGAGGCGGAAAGGCCAGAACGCGAGAGGAGGG